AUGGGAAUUGAAGGAAUUGAGGGCGGGAUCGUCGUCUUGUCCACUUUGGCUACCAGGACUUGUCGCACCAAGAAUUUUGUGUUACCUUUGGAAGAGGAGAUUCCUUUCGCUGAGCUUCAAGGGAGUCAAGCCCAGGCCUUCAGCAGCACAGCCACGGCCCGUUUCAAUGCCAUCACUGUGCGCCGGCACCUGGCAGUGUUUGGCUGCUCCAAUCAUGCCUUGUUUUUGGUGGACUACACUCGACUUGAGUUGUUGCGAGUCCUGCAAGUGUCCCAUACCACUGAGGCGCUGACGGCGCUGAUGGGUAGUCUGAAUUUUGGAGCAUGGGCAUUGGACUUUCACCCCACCUUGGCCAUUCUGGCCACGGCAUCGGCACGGGGAGGAGUUCGCUUUUGGAACGUGGCGGAUCGCAAGGCAGCGGUUGGCAAGGUGCUUCGUUCGGAGUUUCCUGCUUGGUCUUUGGCAUUUCAACCCACUGAUGGCUCCUUGUUGGCCGUGGGCAUGGACAAAGGCCUACUGGAGGUGAUGCAUUUUCCAUCCUUGCAGCCCACAUUUCGCGAGAGGCUGUCACGAAGCGCAGAGCGCGUGAGUUCUCUGCGCUUCAGCCCCUGCGGCCGCUAUUUGGCGGCUGGCUCCUGGGAUCAAGAGGUGUAUCUCUUGCACAUCGAUUCUGAAUCACGGGUCACCCUGCACCGCAUCCUCUCGGGGAACAGCUCCAGUAUCGUCUCGGUGAUGUUCUCGGAGGACUCGCGAUAUGUCAUGUCCAACUCCAAGGAUUGCCAAAUUCUGCACUGGACCACCAAGGACGGUACACUACAACGCUCCCAAAGUGUCUUCAGAGACACCAGGUGGCAAGCACCUUGGACGUCCGUUUUGGGAUGGCCAGUGGUCGGCAUUUGGAGCGACCCCAAAUACGAUGCGAGCGACAUCAACUCUGCUUGCCAAGCCUAUGCGCCACACCAUGACCUCUUAGCCUUCGGUGAUGACUAUGGCUGUGUGAAGCUUCUGCGUUAUCCGAGCCCCUUCCUGAACCCUCGCAUCGAGGCCCCUCCUAUCAUGCUGGAUGCCAUCAGAAGGGACUUCGAAGUUGAUCACUAUCGUAUCGCUUAUCUGGGGGCGAUAUUCCAAUUGUGCAAGGGCAUUUUUACCAUGCCGGGGGGCUUUGCAUUGCACCACUACGGCUGUCGAAGCUGCUUCCGAGCCGGCGCCCUGAUCAUUUUGAUCUCAUCGGCCCUCUAUCCCUUGGCUCCAAGCCUCUGGUGGCUGGCCAUUCUGCAUGGCAUCUAUGGUGCAGCCUAUGAUCUCAUUGGUGUAGGGCCUAUCAUCGUUUUUGCCACGACCUGGUUUGAGGCUGAGACCGCCUUGGCGAUUAGCAUUCUGGUCACAGCCUUCAGUUUUUCCGGGAUUUGUUUUCCGCCCAGGGUGGCCUAUUUCAUCGCACAGCACGGCUGGAGGAGGGCAUCGUUGAUGUGCCCCAUCCUCAUUGCUCUUGUGGUGAUGCCUCUCUGUUUUUGCAUCCUCCAAGACGGUCCCUUGCGGCAGCGCGCCCAGCGCGCAGCUGCUCAACGUGUGCCCGACAGCGAAGAGGGCCAAGAACAGCAGAUGGUUCACCUGAAUUUUUGGCGGAGCUUGCGGCUUCCAGCGGUGUGGCAUCUGGCCUUCCUCUCGCUGUAUCAGCUCUACAUCAUCAUCGCGCUCAUCAAUACCUUGACUUUGUAUUUAAAGGAUGUCCACAUGGAUUUGGAAUUGUCGGCGCUCUACACCUCCGUUGUUUUCCAAGUGUCAAUCGCUGGCAAGCUGCUGAUGGGUGCGGCAAUGGAUAGCAAGUUUCAGGGCCUAGCAGGGCUCAUCAGCUGCCUGAUGCUUCUAUUGGGAACUGUGUUGCCAUUGGAUUUCUCCAAGGGUGGGCGGCAACUGACGCAAAGUCAUGGGCAGCUUUUGGCCUUUGCAAUCAUCUAUGGCCUGGGGUUUGGAGGGUCAUAUUCCCUGUUGUCUGCGAAGCCAGCAAAGUUGCUGGGACGGAUGGCGGAUUUUGGAAAACUGCAGGGCUUCUUAAUGCUCUUCCAAGUCAUUGGCGGUUUCCUAGGGACCUUGGUUACAGGCAAGUUGCGUGAACUCUCGGGCAGCUACACCUGGUCCUUCUAUGUCUUUAUUGUCAUGGCAUUUUUGGCCUCCUGCCACUAUGCCGCCCUAGAACUCGGCAAGAAGAAGACGCUGCAGGCGAUUUCUGUGCCAGCCACUGAUCGCGUGGAAACUUAUCAAUAG